AAUUUCCCCCAUAAACAAUGUCUGGCUUCCUUCUCCAAGAGAGUCAACGCCUUGCUUUUUCUGCAUCGGGGGUUCGGAGUCAAACCCCGUUUCAUUCCUUCCGACAAACGCCAGAGAAUAAGCGAUGGCCGCCAUCUCCAUCUUCCUCCUCCUCCUCCUCGCCGGCGUACUGGCCGCGCUCCGCCUGGCCCACUCCAUGCUGUGGGUCCCGCGCCGCCUGGAGCGCCGCCUCCGCCGGCAGGGCAUCCGGGGCCCCCCUCGCAGCCUGAUCUCCGGCAACGCGGCCGACUACGUCGCGCUGCUCGCCGCCGCGCAGUCCACGCCCCUCGCCUCCUUCCACCACGGCAUCGUCGCCCGCGCCACGCCGCAGUACGGCGAGUGGCCGGCGCGGUACGGCCGGCCGUUCGUGUUCUGGCUCGGGCCCCGACCGCGGCUGGUUGUCUCCGGGCCGGAUGUGGCGAAGGCCGCGCUGACCGACGCCACGGGGGCUUUCGAGAAGGGUAGCCCUGGCGGCGGCAACCCGCUCGCUCGGCAGCUCAUCGGCGAGGGGCUGGUGGGGCUCACUGGGGAGAAGUGGGCGCACCACCGCCGUAUCAUCGCGCCAGCCUUCAACAUGGAGAGGAUCAAGGGUUGGAUACCAGAAAUAUCAGCUAUCACCUCUUCUGUGCUGGAGAAAUGGGAAGCUCAAGGAGAAACCCGUGCUGAGUUUGAGAUUGAUGUAAAUAAAGAAUUCCACACUUUAAGUGCAGACGUCAUUUCUUCUGUGGCAUUCGGAAGUAGCUACGAGGAAGGAAAGCGAGUUUUUCAAUUGCAAGAAGAACAGAUGAAACUUGUCAUUAUUGCAAUAAGAAGCAUCUAUAUUCCUGGUUUCAGGUUUGUACCAACAAAGACGAACCGAAGAAGGCAUAGCCUAAAUAAGGAAAUUCGAAACUCCCUGCGCAAAUUGAUUGAGAUUAAUGGAAGCAAGUGUGAAGAUUCCAAAAAUUUGCUUGGCUUGAUGCUAUCAGCCAGCAAAAUGGAAAAUGAACUUAAAAUGGGAAUUGAAGAAAUUAUUGAUGAGUGCAAGACUUUUUACUUCGCCGGUAAAGAAACAACCGCAAAUUUGUUGACAUGGGCAACACUUCUGCUGGCAUUGCAUACAGAAUGGCAAGACAAGGCCCGCGAUGAAGUCCUUCAAGUGUGUGGCAAGAAUGAGCACCCAAAUGCGGAAAAUCUGAGCAGUCUCAAAAUUGUAAAUAUGGUGUUAAAAGAGACCCUCAGGCUGUAUCCUCCAGCCACGUUUCUUAACAGAAUGGUCACUAGGGAUGUCGAGCUGGGCAAACUCGACAUCCCUGCUGGCACGCAGCUCAAUCUGCCUAUUAUUGACAUUCACCAUGAUGCCGACAUAUGGGGCGCUAAUGUAGAGGAGUUUGAUCCAUCAAGGUUUGCAGAUGGAAAGAGUUAUCAGCUCGGCGCGUACUUCCCCUUUGGGAUUGGCCCUACCAUCUGUGUUGGCCAGAAUCUUGCGAUGGUUGAGGCAAAGCUGAUUCUUGCAAUGGUCCUCCAGCGGUUCAAGUUUGAUGUCUCACCAAACUAUGUUCAUGCACCGAUGCUUGGGAUGACGCUCCAGCCCCAGUAUGGCGCUCAAGUUCUUUUCCGCCAGGUCUGAGCCAUCCAUUUUGUUUAUGGAAUUUUCAAUUGUGACUACGAAUUAUAUACCAUGUCUCAUGUAUCUACGUACAGCAAGUAUUUGGAAAGGGGGGCACUGAACUCUGUCUUGAAACUGUAUGCAAAAAUACUAUUCCCUCCGUUCCUAAAUGUAAGAAGUUCUAACUUUGUCCUAAGUCAAUUUUUUUAAAGUUUCACCAAGUUUAUAGAUAAA